UCUACGGGGCGGCUGGCCUUCACCAACCUGGUUAAUAGGGACUUUAUGGAUCUAAAGGUCCGAUCCCUCCCAGGCACCGUGGACGACCAGAGUCUGGCCAGUGACGGAGCCGACAGCGACCGCUUCAGUGGGAGUGUCUCCAGCUUCCUGGCCAAUGAGAAGCUCAUGUCUGUGGACAGCAUGAACAGUGAUGUCACAGAUGACGAUGUCGACGUGAACGACCUGCAGGAUGAAGAUCUGGACCUGUACUUAAACCAUCUGGUGAACCCUGCCAUGCAGAGAGGACGGGUGGAGGGACAAGAGAUACCUGAUGCUGACCAGCCAGCCAACCAAGACUAUUCAUCUCAGCCCGGUUCUACAGAACCACAGAAGAACAGAUACCAGUUCCUGGAUGACUAUGAUCAGGCUUUCCAGAUGCCUGACGUACGGCUGGCUGCUACAGGGAUGGACUCGUGUCCCGGCAGUGAUGAGGAGGACACUGAGGAGGAGCUGGAGGCAGCUCGGAGACACACUUCUACCAGACACAGACUCCUGCUGUCCAGCACCUCCCGACAGCUGGUGGGGGAGAGCUACCGUUCCAGCUUCAGACCUGGGCUGGAGGGAGGCAGCUCUGACGAAGAAGUUUUCUCUGGGCGUAACCCUCUACCUGGGCUAGAACACCGAUACUCUGCGGAGGGCCAAGUCAUCAACACUGUAACAGGAGGAGGAGGAGACGGGAGCAGUGGGAGUGAGGAGGGAGGGAACGAUGGCGUGUCCACUCUACCCCUGUCCUCCUCGGCCCAGACCACCUACGAUGUGCUGCGGGGCCUGGGGAUCCUGGGGGCCAGCGUGCCGGGAGAGAAUGCCCAGGACCCUCACUCUCUACUGGGGCUGAGCCGGGGCAGCCUGAUGGGUGACCGCGUGGGGCCGGUGGGGACUGGAGGGACCAGCGCUGGGCCCCAGAGGAUGUCCCCUGUCAACUGGAGUAUGGCCUUAGACCGACAGGAGGCGCUGGAUGCCAUGGACAGUACAGAGUCUACGGUGGCAGGGGAGGGUCAGGGUUUCUUGGAUUCUAUAUAUCUGAGGACUGGUGCUGGACACUGGAGACCCCAGGACAUGACCUCUCACCUCCAGACCACACAGAGCAGCUUCCACCUCUCUCAGGUGCUUCCUUCGCUUAGUGAUGAAGAGGAGGAUGGGAGAGGGAGGCCUGCUGCCCUGGGGCCAAGAGGAGGUCCAUGUGGGGACUCCUCUGCAGCUCCUGGUCCUCCUGGCCUGUCAGACAUGAGUCAGGGUGAGAAGGAUCUCCUCUACAUCUCUCUGGAAGCGAAGUACCUCUCUCAGAGCUUCCAGCAGGAGGACUCCUCUCACUCUGACAGCGACUGGAACCACUGCCCCGAUAACCUGGACUUCCAACCGGCCUCUCACAGUGUGGUCUACCAGAACGAGGAGGGGAAGUGGGUGACUGAUCUGGCUUACUACUCGUCCUUUGAGAAGGAGGUGGAUGGAAACCAGCUGCCGGAGGUAGCAGACCAGUUCCAGGCUGAGGACUUUGUUCCAGGCAGUAACGCCAUAGAGAAGAUCAUAGAAGACCAGAAGGAGUUUGAGAAGGAGAACCAGUUCAUGCAAGAGGAGGUGAUGGAGCCCGCCUCCACCAGUCCAGGUUUCCUAUCUGACACGUCCUGGAGACUCCCAGCCAGCAGCCACAUCCUGAUGAGGGCCAGCCAGGUGUCCCAGGAGCUGGACAGAGGGAACCAGAGCUACCUCCGUCUGUCUCUAGGGACCUUCUUCCAGCAGCGCUCUGAGGCCCUGGGCUGUCUCGGGGACGACCGGGAGGACGAUACAGUCAAACGGCCGUCGUUUGGUUACGUCAUCACCUCUCCAGAGAAGAGGGAACCGUUUCCUCUGAUUCAACCGUCAGACUUCCUCUCUCAGGACAGCUCGGUCCACAACGACACCCGCACACACACUGACCACGACCGCACCAUGAACACGGAGGACUUGGACAAGACUGUGGAGGCAGAUCCAGACAGGGUGUCACCUACAGGAGAUGACGAGCCAGAGCCUUGUGAAUCAGACUCUUCCUCCCUCCCUGAGGCCCUGCUCUCCCCCAGCCAGACUCUUCCCUCAGCUUCCCCCCUCCCUGAGGCCCUGCUCUCCCCCAGCCAGACUCUUCCCUCAGCUUCCCCCCUCCCUGAGGCCCUGUUCUCCCCAAGCCAGACUCUUCCCUCACCCUCCCCCUCCCUGAGGCCCUGCUCUCCCCCAGCCAGACCCUUCCCUCACCCUCCCCCCUCCCUGAGGCCCUGCUCUCCCCAGCCAGACUCUUCCCUCAGCCUCCCCCUCCCUGAGGCCCUGCUCUCCAGCCUGGGCCCCGGCACAGACCAGUCCAGCCUCAUGUUGUCUAUCAGCACCAUUGCCUCGGCCAUCGCUGAUGCCUCCCUCUCCUCAGAGCCCUCCCAGCUGGCUGCCAUGAUCAUGGAGCUGUCCAAGAGGAGUAGGGUACAGAGGCAACACCAGGAAGGUGUGCCGAGUCCACCGCCAGCCGCUGUCCUGGAAGAGCAAACACUCAGCCCUAACCAGGUUCAACUGGACCAGCCCAGCCCUAACCAGGUUCAACUGGACCAGCCCAGCCCUAACCAGGUUCAACUGGACCAGAGAAUCCUGCUGGAGACUCUACAGAGGAGCCAGUGUGCCGGGGACCUGCUGGAGACUCUACAGAGGAGCCAGUGUGCCGGGGACCUGAGUGCCUUCGACAUUGAAAAGUACCUGAAGCAGACCGAGGUAUUCACCAGCAGCGACAGUGACCAGUCAGGCUCCUCCCACUACACUGUUGACUUCCUCGGCUGGGCUGACAGCCUCAACUCCUCCCACAGGAAGUCCCAGGCUGCAUCACUUGUUGUUACUGUGGAGAACGAGAGCUCGGGUUAUCAACACCAGGCUACCGAAUACCAGGCUAACACCAAGGGAGAUAUCUCCUCUGGAGUAGAGGCUAAGGCAGGUUUGACACAAGGUUACCCUGCUGCUAUGACCCGUCCAGUCUCUGCUGGGCCACAUCCAGGUUCUGGUCAGAGUGGAGUCGUCCCGGCGAACAAGACGGAGGCGAGGAGGAGUUCCAUCCCCCGUCCCAGGGCCAGUUCCAUUCCUACAGCCUCUGGUAACCCAGCGAGGAGGUCUGUGGGCUCUGGUCAGUUCUCCUCAACCACCAUCUCCACAGCCAAACCAGCUGCUAACAGGAAGGCUGUAGGGAAUAACAGUGAGCCCCAGCCUUCUGGUGUACUGAGCAGGAGCAACACAGAGAGUGGUGGGGCUGAACUAGGAGCAGUCCGUCCAACACCCAACACCCCAGCCCAGAAGGUAGAGGACCCCUCCGCAUCUCCUGCCCCAGGCCCUAAGACCUCCCCUGGUCUGAGGAAGGGUCUGUCAGGGCCGCUGUCCCUCAGAGACAUCACAUCCCCCUCCCAGAGAACCAGGAGGAGCACAGUGAAGACCCACGCUACAGGGAGCAGUACAACCCAGCAGGAGAAACCCAGUGGCCUGGAGAAGAGUGUUGGAGAAGCUCCUCCCAACGCUGUGGCCAAACAUGUUGGUUUUACUUCCUCGUGUCACAGCCCCCAGCCUGCUGCUGGACACCGGACGUACGAUGUGUCUCCAGGUACUCCUGUGCAUCAUGCCGGAGGACCAGAGCAGAGCCAGUGCACCUUCAGACCCUCCACCUCUCCUCUCACCCACUCCUCCCCCUCACAGACCUCCUUCCCCAGCCAAGAAGGGACUGUGUCGCCCCCCUCCCCCAGUGUAGGGGAUAGGAGACGUCCCGGUGAUCUCACUCCUCCCCGGUCUGAGUGGAGCUGUUCCAGUCCCAGCCUCAGCAGACUGACAUACAUCUCUCUGAAUGACAGCACGGCGCUCAACACAACCGGCAUCCCAACUCCUGACAGACACAAGAGUCAUGGCACCAUGUCUCUGAGCACCACUAUCAUCAGGGCCAGUCCCACCCCGCCAGUAGAAGGGGCUGAUACCCAGAGUCCUACAGGUCAAGAGCUACCUCCUCACCGCUCCACAGACGUCCUCUGCCCUCCUAGACAGUCCAAUAACCCAGAGUCUCCUCACCACUCGAACGGUCCUCGUAGUGGCUCGGUAGACCUGCGGAGUGGUUCCGGUCUGGGCUUCACACGCAGCCAGAGUGAGUGUAACUAUCACUGUGGGAACAAUAGAGACUACAACCAGCAGAAACGCCACUCUGAACCCAACUCACACCACCUCACCACGUUGGAUUCUGGCUACUCCAGCAACCUGAACAUCCAGCAGCCCAGCGGUAUGGGUGGCCAGGGGAACCAGCAGUGGUCUGGGGUCUCAGCCCAGGGGAGUGAGGUCUAUCCUGGGGCCAGGACGGGCUUCGGCCUGCCUUCCUCCGAGGACCUGUGCUACAUGCCCAUCUCCAGCUUCAAGCCCCAGGGCUCCAUGGUGGACUUGCCUCCAGGGGUCCCUAGCCUCCUGACGGGGCGCUCCCUCUUCAGUUCCCAGCUGGCACAGCAGAACCUGGGCUCGGAUGGAGCUCUACACCCUGGUCUCCCUCUGCCUGCUCCCUACCACCACAUGGCAGCAGCAGGGAACGGCCUGUAUGGUCACGCUAUGUCCUCACGGUUAGGACCCAACGUUGACCCCUCAGUCAGACACCUCCACAGCUCUGGGGGUCUGGGUGUCUCUGGGCCAGGUGGACCAGGAGGUCUGUACCACUGCUCUAACCCCCACCUCAAACCCUUGGACCCAGGACUGAUGGAGGGGAACCCGUACAACCAACACUGUGUGGCCUCGUGGUCUGACGGCAGCCUUCCUGAACCCACAGCCCAGGUCGUGAUCCCUGAGGAGCUGCGGUUCCCCCAUGCCUGCUGUGUGGGCAUCUCCUCUCAGACCUCACUGGGCAUCUUCAACCCCUCCGAGCGCUGGCAGCAGGUCUCCAUCACCGUCACCAGUCUGGCCAUCAACGGAGAGAAGGUUGAUUCAUUCCCGUACCAGUGGCUGAUAGUGAAGAACAAGACCAUCAUUGGCCCUAAGAGCACGGAGGAGCAGAAGGUGUUGUUCAUCCCACCUCAGGCCGGGGUGUACCAAGCUGUCCUCAGCGUCUCCUCCUGGCCUGCCUCCGCUGAGGCCCAGGCUGUCGCCCGCGCCGAGGUGUUCGCCAAGAGGGUGGUCCUCGUCGCCAUGGCAGAGAACCCUGCUCUGGAGGUGGAUGCGGGGAAGUGUGGCAGUCUGGACUUCGGAGACCUGGCGGGUGGCAGUGCCAAAGCUCUCCCUCUGAAGCUGCUGAACAGGACUCACGCCACCGUACCUAUUAGACUGGUUAUCAGUGCUAACGCCACGGCCUGGCGCUGCUUCACCUUCUCCAAGAGUCCCGUUGCCAUGACAGCGGAGGGCUUGCUGCAGGCGGGGACUCUGACAUCACUGGCCGCUCCGUCCGUCAUGAACCACGUGAUGCACGCCAGCUACGGAGAGAAUCCAGAGAGCUUCAUGGUUUGGGUCCACUUCCACGCUCCACAGAAGUACCAGUCCUGUUCAGGUGGUCUAGGUCCAGCUGAUGAGUACAGUGCGCGGGUGGACAUCGAGGUGGACUGUCCAGGCCCCAGUCAUGUGAUCAGGAGCGUCCCUCUCAGAGCCAGGUCUGGAACAGCCAGAGUACACGCCCCUAAAGACCUGCAGAAUGUUAACCUCUCGGCAGCAUUGGGUCAGUCCAGCACGCAGACUCUGCCUCUGAAGAACGCAGGCAACAUUGAUGUUCAGCUGAAACUCAAGAACAGCGGUGGUGAUGGCUGUUUCUCUGUGAGUCCUGUUGACCUGUGUCUGCGUGCCGGGGAGGAGCAAGGCAUUGUGGUCUCGUUCACCUCUCAGGGCGGCAGGAAGAACCGAGAGAGUGUUCUGACCAUCCUGGUGCUGCCGUCUGGUCCUCAGUAUGAGGUGGUUCUGAAGGGACAGGUGGUACCAGAGGAGGGGGUGAACCCUGCUGCCCCUGGUCCGGUCUCUGCCCUGGGCAUGGUGCCCCCCAUCCUCUCCAACAAGCAGUUUGUGGCCUGGGGGGGGGUCACGCUGGGCAGGGCUGUACAACAGAAGCUGGUUCUUCGUAAUAACUCCCCCAACACAACACAUCACCUGCGUCUGCUGAUCCGAGGACAAGACCACAGCUGUUUCCAGCUCCAGAGUAGUUUUGGACAGGAGGAGAGGUUGACCCGACACAGAGAGCUGUCCAUCCGGCCCAGGGAGGAUGUUGUUGUCCACCUGCUGUUUGCCCCAACCCGGGUGGCCUGCACCCUGUCCAAGCUGGAGAUCAAACAGUCUGGAGUACGACCCUCACAGCCUGGCAUCAAGUUCACUAUCCCCCUAUCAGGCUAUGGAGGGACCAGCAACAUUAUUCUGGAAGACCACAGGAAGCGUUCAGACGGCUACGCGGCUAUGCUAAUGGGGGUGGCAGCAGGCCAGGUCUCCAAGCUGUGUGUCUGUGUGAGAAACACUGGGUGCAGGGCUGCCUUCGUUAAGGCUGUUCCCUACUCUGACCUACACACACGCUCUGUCAUGGCCUCCUCGGACAUCAGCCUCUCUCCGUCUCAGUUCGUCCUGAAGGAGAGGACACAGGAGGUGAUCACGGUUCUGAUGAAGGUGACCCAGAGAGAGCAGACUCUGUGUCAGUCAGCUAAUGCCGUCCUGGCCACAGUCUGUCUCUUCUGUGGAGACGAGGUCUCACGACAACAGUUCAGGAGGUUGCUGCAGUCGAAGCCUGAUGCCGGCAGGAAGGUUCUGUCAGAGAACAGUUUGCUGAAAGAACUCCACUUCAACAAGAGGUUCCUGGGGGAGGAGCAGGUCCUGGAGGCCUACGAUCUGCCCCAGAGCCCCAACCAGGCCCAGUUGUUCUAUGGGAACCUGAAUAAGGUGGUGUUGUCAGUGCUGGGCAGCACAGAGACCUUGGACUCUGGAAGGACUGACCCCCAUGUCCAGCCCCCCCAAGCUGUCACCAGGAGAGGCUCAGAGGCUGACAGUGGUUUUGGGAACUCAGACCGUCACAUCAGCAACGUGUCUCUGGAUGUACUGCCUGUGAAGGGUCCUCAAGGCCCCGCGUUACCCAGGACAGAGGCCUCUGGGACGGGGACAGAAGCAGGGGACCACAGGGACUCCUGGAGCCUCCAGCCUGAACAGCUGGUCCUCACCUCUCCCACUAUCAACGGAGCCUCAAACACCAGACAUGUCCUGAUCCAGAACCACUCAUCAUCCAGAGAGCUGAGCUUUGAGUUGUCCUGGCCAGCCCACUGUCUCACUGUUACCCCUCAACAUGGAGUUAUAGAACCACAGUGCCACCUCCAGAUCCUCAUCAGUCCUAAUCCGUCCCUAGCAACCAGGACAUCCAUGUUUCCAUGGAGUGGCCAAAUCUAUGUCCAGUGUGACGAUCAACAGAAGUUCAUCAAAGUCCAGAUCCGUCAGGACCUGGCUCUGGAUGUAUCAACGGCCCCAGCAGACCGGAGCCUAGCCCCCCUUCCUCCUCAGACUGCUAGCCCCAUGCCCACCGCCAUGCUGCCCCCUGCAGGCCAACCCCCCCUGACCAGGACAGCUCCAGCCACUGUAGAGAUCAGUAACCGUACCAUCGUGUUUCCUGCCACGCCCUCAGGAGAAACCUCAGAGUCCUCUGUGGAGGUGGAGAACAGAGGAGAGCAGGUGAGGUGGUACCUGUCUUCCUUCGCCCCUCCCUAUGUGAAGGGGGUGGACGGCAGUGGGGAUGUGUACCGGGCCACCUACACAGCCUUCAGGUGUCCCAGAGUCUCUGGCACCCUGGGAGCAUACCACAAGAUGCAGGUGCCCAUCACCUUCCUGCCCAGGGACCGAGGGGACUAUGCUCAGUUCUGGGACCUGGAGUGUCACCCAGUGGCCGAGCCUCAGCACAAGACCAGGAUACGCUUCCAGCUCUGUGGCACUGGUGUGAAGGUUGGUCCAGAGGUGGCUCCUCAGGAAGCAAACUGUUCUCUGGUGAAGACUGAAGCCUUUAAGACCAGGAGAAGACCUGACCCGGUUGCAGAUGGGGGCAUGACUGGGAAGCUCAGAGCCCCAUGGAGGAGGAAGGUUCAGGAAGCUCAGAGCCCCAUGGAGGAGGAAGGUUCAGGUAGAUGUUCAGGAAGCUCAGAGCCCCAUGGAGGAGGAAGGUUCAGGAAGCUCAGAGCCCCAUGGAGGAGGAAGGUUCAGGAAGCUCAGAGCCCCAUGGAGGAGGAAGGUACAGGAAGCUCAGAGCCCCAUGGAGGAGGAAGGUUCAGGAAGCUCAGAGCCCCAUGGAGGAGGAAGGUUCAGGAAGCUCAGAGCCCCAUGGAGGAGGAAGGUUCAGGAAGCUCAGAGCCCCAUGGAGGAGGAAGGUUCAGGAAGCUCAGAGCCCCAUGGAGGAGGAGGAGGAAGAUGUUCAGGAAGCUCAGAGCCCCAUGGAGGAGGAAGGUUCAGGAAGCUCAGAGCCCCAUGGAGGAGGAAGGUUCAGUCAGGAGGGGGCUCUGUGUAGGGGUGUAUACGCCCCCAUGACCACUACUCAUUCCCCCUACCAGGGUGGGGGAGACCAGCACACUGAAGGUCAACAUGAGAAACAACUCCUUGGAAACGCAUGUGCUGGUGUUCCUAACCCCUAAAGAGCCCUUCCACAUCAAGCAUUACAAAUAUUCCCUCAGAUCCCAACGCUACAUCCACCUGCCAGUCCAGUUCAAGCCGGUUGUAACUGGCAACCACUCCAGCCUGCUGUUGGUUCAGACGGAUACCAGUGGAAACAUCGCUAUCCAGCUGACUGGUGAGGCCCUGCCCUGACUGGCCAAGAGGACUGCUGGUCUGGGUCAGUGAGGACUGCUGGUCUGGGUCAGUGAGGACUGCUGGUCUGGGUCAGUGAGGACUGCUGGUCUGGGUCAGGGAGGACUGCUGGUCUGGGUCAGGGAGGACUGCUGGUCUGGGUCAGGGAGGACUGCUGGUCUGGGUCAGGGAGGACUGCUGGUCUGGGUCAGGGAGGACUGCUGGUCUGGGUCAGGGAGGACUGCUGCUCUGGGUCAGUGAGGACUGCUGGGUCACUGCAUCUGUAGUGUGGCCCGUACUGGAGCACUGCUAAAGGUCAUAUGGAAGAAUGAACUAUGAAGCCAUUGUCCAAUAUGGCACCCUAAUCUCUAGAUAGAGCACUGCUUCAGGCCCGGCAACGUCUCAUUGGUUCCACUCCUGGCAACGUCUCAUUGGUUCCACUCCUGGCAACGUCUCAUUGGUUCCACUCCUGGCAACGUCUCAUUGGUUCCACUCCUGGCAACGUCUCAUUGGUUCCACUCCUGGCAACGUCUCAUUGGUUCCACUCCUGGCAACGUCUCAUUGGUUCCACUCCUGGCAACGUCCCAACGUCUCAUUCAUAUAUCCUAUCCCCUGGGGGUCUGCAUGGAGCUAGCAGACUACAGCUCUAUAUCCUAUCCCCUGGGGGUCUGCAUGGAGCUAGCAGACUACAGCUCUAUAUCCUAUCCUCUGGGGGUCUGCAUAGAGCAGACUGCAGCUCUAUAUCCUAUCCCCUGGGGGUCUGCAUGGAGCUAGCAGACUACAGCUCUAUAUCCUAUCCUCUGGGGGUCUGCAUAGAGCUAGCAGACUACAGCUCUAUAUCCUAUCCUCUGGGGUCUGCAUAGAGCUAGCAGACUACAGCUCUAUAUCCUAUCCCCUGGGGGUCUGCAUGGAGCUAGCAGACUACAGCUCUAUAUCCUAUCCCCUGGGGGUCUGCAUGGAGCAGACUACAGCUCUAUAUCCUAUCCUCUGGGGGUCUGCAUAGAGCUAGCAGACUACAGCUCUAUAUCCUAUCCUCUGGGGGUCUGCGUAGAGCUAGCAGACUAGAAACAUUUGACUGAAUUUGAUGCCCAGUACAACUUGAAGAGUUGGCAUGGCUGGUGUCAUGUGACAGGGUUUAUAUGGGGUUUUGGUCAGUGGACCUACUGAUGAACUUUUCAGAGUAACCUCAGUGCUGGGCCAGGAGGAGGUUUUCCACCAUCAACUCAAUCAUUGUUCCCUACUUUGGUUUUUUAUUAGAAAUGGCACACGCUUUUAAAAAAAAGCACAUGGUUUAUAUUUUAUGUUAUUGUGAUUUUAAAUGAACUUGAUAAAAUAAAGAUUUGUCAAACA